GACAAAUAUAGGUACGUGCGCCCAGGCCGUGCCAAGUGCCAACUCCAUAGAGAUGAGCAGCAACAAAUGCAGCUAGCUAGCUAGAACACCAACAAAGAGCUUCGAGCUAGGCUUGGGAAUGGCGGGACGUGGUGAAGAGGAGUUCGACGAGGGAGAAGUCUGGGACGUGCUGCAAGAUCAUCACCAGAGCAGCAAAGAGGCUGCCCCUCUCCCAGACUUCUACACCCCUCCGAGGAGCAGCAGAUCAAGAAGCGGCAAGAACAAGGGCGUCAAAGACGGCGACGAAGAGCUAGGCACCAGAGGCGCCGCAAGGGGAAAGGGGAAGAAGCCCUCGUCGUCUACGGCGCCGGUGGCCAUUCCGGGCUGGUCCUCAUCUAGGCGAACCGGCUGCCCGGGUCCUGACCGGGGGGAAGAAGAGGAGGAGGAGGAGGAAGGAGGGGAGAUGUUGCCUCCGCACGAGUGGCUGGCGAAGAAGAUGGAGAGGAUGAGCGCGGCGGCGGCGUCGCCGGAGAUGGCCAGGGGGAGGAGCAAAGGGAGGGAGAUGAGGAAGUUUAGGGACGCAGUGCUGCCCAAGACCGCCUUCUCCGAGCAGUAAGAGCUGCUAGAUCAAGGCAUCCAAGCAAUGACGAUCGAUGCCAAUGUAAUGCAUGCAUAUGGCUGUGCGCCUGUGCAUGCAUGCUCAAGUUAAUCUACUUUUAAGUAAGUGGUUAACUUAGUACUGAGAUUUAGUGCGCGCGCGUGAUGUGAGUGUGACCUGAAUGCGUUCUAUAUAUCUCUAUGUAAUGCUUUUGUAUUUUACUUUCUUUAGAACUUAACGCAUAUAUGUUAAGCUGUACUUUUCAGGACCAGAGGUAACAUUAGUUGCAUGAGAUCAUGAUAACAUAUUGUGCUCUA